CGGACCGAGCUAGCGCGUCGAAGUCUUCUCUAUGGUUUUCCUCCCGUUCUUGAGUCGGGAAAUGGCCGCUGUGUAGUUACAACGAAGCUGAGGCCUCGGAGCGGCUCCCCGGCGUUAUCAGGGCCCUGGUGCUUCCUCGGGCCGCCGGUGCCGUGGGGGAGUUUUCUCCGGUGUUGAUAUUCUCAGGUCCUUGUUGGCAACCCACUCUUCUGAAGCGAACGUGCCCUCCCGACUUCGGAGGAAUUUGGAUUUAGAGUUUAGUUUCUCAGAACAUUGUCUCCGAGAAGGAUUUGACGGUAUCUCAAAGACUUCGCUGGACUGUUCAGUUCUUUGUAAAGCGCAAGGAGUAAAGAAAUGGGUCGCUCCAAUUCUAGAUCACAUUCUUCAAGAUCAAAGUCUAGAUCACAGUCUAGUUCUCGAUCAAGAUCAAGAUCACACUCGAGAAAGAAGAGAUACAGUUCUAGGUCUCGUUCCAGGACAUAUUCAAGAUCUCGUAGUAGAGAUCGUAUUUAUUCUAGAGAUUAUCGUCGAGAUUACAGAAAUAAUAGAGGAAUGAGGCGCCCUUAUGGGUACAGAGGAAGGGGCAGAGGGUAUUAUCAAGGAGGAGGAGGUAGAUAUCAUCGAGGUGGUUAUAGACCAGUCUGGAAUCGAAGACACUCUAGGAGUCCUAGACGAGGUCGUUCACGCUCCAGAAGUCCAAAAAGAAGAUCUGUUUCUUCUCAGAGAUCCCGAAGCAGAUCUCGCCGCUCAUAUAGAUCCUCUAGGUCUCCAAGAUCCUCCUCUUCUCGUUCUUCAUCCCCAUAUAGCAAGUCACCUGUCUCUAAAAGACGUGGGUCUCAGGAAAAACAGACCAAAAAAGCUGAAGGGGAGCCCCAAGAAGAGAGUCCUUUGAAAAAUAAAUCACAGGAGGAACCGAAAGAUACAUUUGAACAUGACCCAUCUGAAUCUAUUGAUGAGUUUAAUAAAUCAGCCACAUCUGGUGAUAUUUGGCCUGGCCUUUCAGCUUAUGAUAACAGUCCCCGGUCACCCCAUAGUCCUUCACCUAUUGCCACGCCACCUAGUCAGAGUUCGUCUUGCUCUGAUGCCCCCAUGCUUAGUACAGUCCACUCUGCAAAAAACACCCCCUCCCAGCAUUCACAUUCCAUUCAGCAUAGUCCGGAGAGGUCUGGGUCUGGUUCUGUAGGAAACGGGUCAAGUCGAUACAGUCCUUCUCAGAAUAGUCCAAUUCAUCACAUCCCGUCACGGAGAAGCCCUGCGAAGACAAUCACACCACAGAAUGCUCCGAGAGAUGAGACCAGGGGGCGGUCCUCAUUUUAUCCUGAUGGUGGAGAUCAGGAAACUGCAAAGACUGGAAAGUUCUUAAAAAGGUUCACAGAUGAAGAGUCUAGAGUAUUCCUGCUUGAUAGGGGUAAUACCAGGGAUAAAGAGGCCCCAAAGGAGAAAGGAUCAGAAAAAGGGAGGACAGAGGGUGAAUGGGAAGAUCAGGAAGCUCUAGAUUACUUCAGUGAUAAAGAGUCUGGAAAACAAAAGUUUGAUUCAGAAGGGGAUGACACAGAGGAGACAGAGGAUUAUAGACAGUUCAGGAAGUCAGUUCUUGCAGAUCAGGGUAAAAAUUUUGCUACUACAUCUCACCGGAAUGCUGAGGAGGAAGGAUCCAAGUACAAGUCUAAAGUUUCACUGAAAGGCAAUAGAGAAAGUGAUGGAUUUAGAGAAGAAAAAAAUUAUAAACUUAAAGAGACUGGAUAUGUAGUAGAAAGGCCUAGUACUACAAAAGAUAAGCACAAGGAAGACGACAAAAAUUCUGAGAGAAUAACAGUAAAGAAAGAAACUCAGUCACCUGAGCAGGUAAAGUCUGAAAAGCUCAAAGACCUCUUUGAUUACAGUCCCCCUCUACACAAGAAUCUGGAUGCCCGAGAAAAGUCUACCUUCCGUGAGGAGAGCCCACUUAGGAUCAAAAUGAUAGCCAGUGAUUCUCAUCGUCCUGAAGUCAAACUCAAAAUGGCACCUGUUCCUCUUGAUGAUUCCAACAGACCUGCUUCCUUGACUAAAGACAGGCUACUUGCUAGUACACUAGUCCAUUCUGUCAAGAAGGAGCAAGAAUUCCGAUCCAUCUUUGACCACAUUAAGUUGCCACAGGCCAGCAAAAGCACUUCAGAGUCAUUUAUUCAACACAUUGUGUCCUUGGUUCAUCAUGUUAAAGAGCAAUACUUCAAAUCAGCUGGAAUGACCCUAAACGAGAGGUUCACUUCGUAUCAGAAAGCCACUGAAGAGCAUAGUGCCCGGCAAAAGAGCCCUGAGAUCCACAGGAGAAUUGACAUCUCUCCAAGUGCCCUGAGGAAGCAUACCCGUUUAGCAGGAGAAGAGAGAGUUUUUAAAGAAGAAAAUCAAAAGGGAGAUAAAAAAUUAAGGUGUGAUUCUGCUGAUCUUCGACAUGACAUUGAUCGUCGUAGAAAAGAAAGAAGUAAAGAACGGGGGGAUUCCAAGGGCUCCAGGGAAUCCAGUGGAUCAAGAAAGCAGGAAAAAACUCCAAAAGAUUACAAGGAGUACAAACCUUACAAAGAUGACAGUAAACAUAAAAGUAGAGACCAAGAUCAUUCUCGAUCUUCGUCCUCUUCAGCAUCACCUUCUUCUCCCAGUUCUCGAGAAGAAAAGGAAAGUAAGAAAGAAAGAGAAGAAGAAUUUAAAACGCACCAUGAACUGAAAGAAUAUUCAGGCUUUUCAGGUGUUAGUCGACCACGAGGAACCUUUUUUCGAAUUAGAGGCAGAGGAAGAGCCAGAGGAGUUUUUGCUGGGACAAAUACUGGUCCAAACAACUCAAAUACUACUUUUCAAAAGAGACCGAAGGAAGAGGAAUGGGAUCCAGAAUAUACCCCAAAGAGCAAGAAGUACUUCUUGCAUGAUGACAGAGAUGAUGGUGUGGAUUAUUGGGCCAAAAGAGGAAGAGGUCGUGGUACUUUUCAACGUGGCAGAGGGCGCUUUAACUUCAAAAAAUCAGGUAGCAGUCCAAAGUGGACUCAUGACAAAUACCAAGGGGAUGGGAUUGUUGAAGAUGAAGAAGAGCCCAUGGAAAAUAAUGAAGACAAGAAGGACAGACGCAAAGAAGAAAAGGAAUAAUGAAUCUGAAGUAAGAUUGCAACAGAGAGCAGAACUUGCACCCACUAUUUUUUUUUUAACCUGAGUUUUGUUUUCAAAUAAGAAUACUUCCUUUUGCCUAGUGAAGGGAAAUAAAAAUGAACCAAAGGAUAUUUCCAGAAAGGACUAAGAAAGCUGUUGAAGGAGGCCAUGACUCAGUUAUUAGGUGUGUAUACCAUCUCACAUCCUAGGAAUUUUAAUAUAAAAUCAAAAUAUGUUUUUUUAAUUGCUGUCUACUUUAUGGAAUUACUAUUAUUCCCCUUUGUCAGAGUUAAAAUCAAUGUUGGGAAUGAAAUUACAAUUUGAGAAAAAAUAUUGCCCGUUAAGAAUGAAUGUAGAUGGCUAAACAACUCUUAGUGUGAUGUAUAAUGCAACAGGGAUCCUUGUAAAUUGUCAAAUGCCAAUAAAAUGUCAUAAGUGGUAAUAA